AUGGGUAGGGCCAUUUCGAUCAGAGGUGGCAGCAAGAACGAGAUAGGCUGUGUUAGAAUGGCUUCAAUCGACAAUUCGAAGAGCGAGGGCAUCCAUUCAGAUGAAGCUGGAGUAGGCCAACCAGCUGCCAAUUCAGGAACUGCAGAAGUUGAACUCUCUCCUUACUCAGAAAAGGUUGUGGACUUAGAGGGAAUAGUUACUGGCAGCAAGGAGGGACAUGCAGGUGGUAGCUUGUUAGUAUUGGCCGUCGUGUCACCGAUGAAGAAAGGCCGAGUUCUGGUGGAGCCGGCGGCGGCAGUAGCGGAGACGCGGUUCCGCGACGUGCGGAAGCGGCCGUGGGGGCGGUUCGCGGCCGAGAUCAGGGACCCCUGGAAGAAGGUCAGGGUGUGGCUCGGAACCUUCGACUCGGCCGAGGCUGCCGCUCUGGCCUACGACUCCGCCGCUUGCGCGUUCCGUGGUUCCAAGGCCAAGACCAACUUUCCCCUAGCCGCCGCCGCUGCGUCUCCCACCCCUACUCCUGCAUUCCGCUGCCCUCCCUUCGCUGACCCAACCCUAGGGUUUUGA